AUGUCGUGUGCGGGCGGGCCGCGCGCUGCUGCCGCCGCCGUUGCCGCGCGCAGCCUCUACCGGCGGGUGCUGCGGCUGCACCGGGCGCUGCCGCCCGCGCUGCGCGCGCUCGGCGACCGCUACGUGCAGGAGGAGUUCAGGAGGCACCGGGCGGCCGGGCCCGCCGAGGCGCAGCGCUUCCUGCGGGAAUGGGAGAACUAUGCAGCACUGCUACAGCAACAAAUACAUGAAGACAGACAAAACCCGAGAGAAAAGGCUGUGUUUGGAGUCCAGCUUACAGAAGAGAAGCUUAAUGACUUCCGUGAUGAGCAGAUUGAACAGCUCAAGGAACUGAUGGAUGAGGCUACUAAACCUCAUAAGCAAUUCUCCAUUUCUAAGGACUCAAAAUACAAGAGCUAAAGGGUUUUCAGAUUUGCUGUAGUGUAUACAGAAGUAUUUCGAAACUUCCAUUUUUGGUUGGACUAGAAUGCAUUUCUGUGGAGUAAUGAGAGACGGUGGUGCCGUAACUGCCUCUGGAUACCUGGCUUUUUCAGCAAGGAUGAAUGUUCAUAACAAUUUUCUGUUAAUUGCAGCAUAUUUCCUCCUAAUGGAAGGCAGAAGACUUGAAAAUUUUGGUAAAUGGAAAAGUAAAUCGAUAUUAUAGAGAUCUUCAUUUUUAAUCUUAGCACCCAGAAGUGGUCAUCUGUGUAUCAUUCUCUAUUUCGAUGAAAAAGCUGCAACUAAUAUUUAUUUUCUCAUGUGGAUUCAGUAGACAGAGGGGGAAAAGUAUAAUAAAGUGUGUUCAUUUUGGUGGAAGGAAGCAAGCAGUAUUAGAAGAAUAAGCUGAUUUUUCUUCUUGAGCUUUAUUGUGACACGGACUUCAAAUUAAAUAGUUCGUUAUUAAAAUCAUUGUGAAGGAAUCACUGGUUUAUGAAGUAAACUCAGCAAAAACAUGUUAUUUUUGCAGAUCAUUCCUAUCUCAUCUUUUCCUAAUCCACGCAUUAGCUCUUUCUGUCAUAGUAUCCAAAAGAUCUUUAAAAGCUCCAUAUUGCACACUCAUUGUUUUACACAGACUAGAAUUUACAGUCUCUAUAAUCACAGAAAGUGGCCUGUUCAUUAUAUUGUAUAGCAAGUAUCAGUGAUUUAUAGGUAACACAUGAGGUUAACCUUCMUCAGGAAAAGGAGUGCCUGUUAUACUCGGGUUGUGGUAUCUAAAAAAAGUCCUACUCUUUUAGGCUAAGGAAAAACACCCCCCUUUCUGUUUCAAAUACAGCUUUCAUUUCAUUUUUAUGCCCYGGUUUUAUAUUAUUAUUCUUGUUCCAUUUCUGGACCUCUCCCUGUCKGUUACCUGUGGAGUGUUCAAGACAACAUCAUUUCCUCCCUCUUGGGGGACAACAGCCUUGCCAAGGCAGCCCAUUGCCGGAGUCUCGGCCGGUAGCAACACGCUCCUUGCCGGGGCUGCAUCC